GAUAGUCACACUGCCCACUACAAGUCCGUCGUCUUCGAAUCCGUUCCACCUGAUAUCCACUCAUAGAACUGAUCGCAAAAUCAACCCCUGCGGAAUCAAUCCCUCCUCGCACAUAAAUUUCAUCUUACCCUAAAAUGUCUGGUAUUUGCAGACCAAGGCUUGCUGAGGAACGUAAGCAGUGGAGAAAAGACCACCCUUUUGGUUUUUUUGCGAAACCUACAAAGGCAUCGGAUGGUUCAAUGAACUUGAUGGAAUGGGAAGUAGGUAUACCUGGAAAGACAGGCACACCUUGGGAAGGAGGACUGUAUAAAUUAUUGAUGACAUUCCCUGAAGACUAUCCCUCCAAGCCGCCUAAGUGCAAAUUUACCCCGCCAUUAUUCCAUCCCAACGUAUAUCCCUCAGGAACAGUCUGUCUCUCGAUCCUUGACGAGGAGAAAUCAUGGAAACCUGCGAUCACCAUUAAACAAAUCCUUCUCGGUAUUCAGGACCUUUUGAAUGAUCCCAACGUCAAUGAUCCCGCACAAGGCGAAGCUUAUACACUGUUCAAGAACGACAAAAUUGCAUACGAGAAGAAGAUACGACAGCAAGCACGGGAAAAUAUCCCAAAGUAGCUGCUGGACCCCUCCCGUCAAUUGGUUUUCUUCCGCUUUUUCUUCUGUUUCAUUACAGCUUUUAUCUCUCUUUCAAGUAUAAGGUGGACAUCUGUAAUCCAUUAUUUCACCUGCUCCGACUACAUAUUUAACAUCUGUCCGUUCCCAUAAUUUUCUCCGUGAUCCAUGUGGACUGUUUUGUCCUUUCGAGUGGAGUUGGUCAGGAGUUGUCUGUUUCUGGUUGUAAAGAAAGCUGUAAAUCAAAUCGUAUAAAGACCUUGCAACAAUCCUCCCGUCUUUGCAUAUCGCGGCCCCUUUCAUCUAAACUCGAAGACCUGUCUGCA